AAGUGUUUUUCAUUGGGCAGUUUUUAAGCCAUGGAAAUUUCUCGAUGACUCAUUAGGGAGAUGGUGACGUGACUAAUUAAAGAGCGACCAAGAGAAACCGGAUGUCCGUGUAGUAGCCAUGAACUCAAACGGAAAUGCUGGAUCGCAAGAGGGUGGUAAUAGCGGUGAAUAUGGUAGUAGUGAGGAAACAGCAGCAUUAUUAACUCGUGGACCACCGCCACCAGUUGUUGUUAGUAUCGGGUCUCAUCAGGGUAAGCCGGUAUUAACGCGUCAAGAUCGGGCGACAUUUCUUGUUGCAUCGCCACAGUUGUCGGUGUCUGGUCUGGGUGGCAGUGAAGAAAGCACCACAAAUGAAGACCCGUCUACCAGAAGCGUCCCCGACAUUGAAUUGCAUUGCAGACUUGAUGGCGAACCGCAACAUUUACAACAGCAACAACAACAACAGCAAUGCCAUCAUCCAACGACGACAAUUUAUCGCGCAAGACAAGCUUCACAUCAGUACAACCGGUGCCGAUGCGAACGUCGAGAUUCACUCGCACCCUCAUCUGCGCUUCAUCUGGCACGCAGUGUCUCCAGAGAAAGUGUAAGAAGUGGUCAUCACUGUUGCCCCUGUCAGGCCCCACCACCCCCAGUACUUGUAACAACAUCACCAAGUACCCGAAUUAUAAGACAAAGUUCACAACCGGAAGCCUCUGCGUGUUGCUGUUCAGGAUGUUAUUGUCCUUUGCAUUCAAACACAGCGCCAAGCGCGUCCUUACGUCAAUUACGUGAACCAGGUGAUGGAAUCGCCGGAAUUGCUGCAGAUUCAUUACGAAUCAAUGGUGGCAUUAGACAGUUUCGACAGCUGCGGAAACCAGUAUCGACUCUUUCGAUCCCGGGGGCGAUGAGAAGCAGCAGUGGUGCUGGGGGUGCACCAGGUAGCGGAGGAAGUGGUUGUGGUAGCGGUGGUGGCAUCCUUGGAGGCGGUGAUGAAGCCGGUAUUGCCUUGGUCGGGGUGCACUCCGAGUAUCCUCGUUUCAUGGACGAACGUGGUCUCGGCGGUGGUCCAAUGAAAGGUGCACCCUCUGGCAGUAUCGGUCCUUGUUCGAAACACAAACCAAACGUGGGCUACCGACUUGGCAGACGAAAGGCUCUGUUUGAGAAACGUAAACGUAUAAGUGAUUACGCUCUCGUAAUGGGUAUGUUUGGCAUCAUCGUCAUGGUUAUUGAGAACGAGUUGUCCAGCGCUGGAGUUUACACAAAGGCCUCGUUUUACUCGACUGCACUUAAAACCCUAAUCUCUGUGUCAACUGUGAUACUGCUUGGCCUCAUAUUUGCUUACCAUGCCUUAGAAGUCCAGUUAUUCAUGAUUGAUAACUGUGCGGAUGACUGGCGAAUUGCAAUGACAUGGCAACGAAUAUGUCAAAUAUCAUUAGAGCUAUCAAUAUGUGCGAUUCAUCCUAUACCAGGUGAAUACUACUUCCUGUGGACGACUAAGUUGGCGAAUAAGGGUGGUGACAUGGGUGCACAAUGGGUACCAUACGAUGUUACACUCUCGUUACCAAUGUUCCUACGACUUUACCUCAUUUGCCGGGUGAUGUUAUUGCACUCAAAAUUAUUUACCGACGCAUCGUCGCGAAGUAUAGGUGCUUUGAAUCGCAUCAACUUCAACACGAGGUUUGUCCUCAAAACACUCAUGACCAUUUGCCCAGGCACCGUAUUAUUAGUUUUUAUGGUGUCACUUUGGAUCAUCGCAUCCUGGACGUUACGACAGUGUGAAAGGUUUCACGACGAAGAACAUGCAAACCUGCUCAAUGCUAUGUGGCUCAUAGCUAUCACAUUCCUGAGCGUUGGAUUUGGUGAUAUUGUACCUAAUACUUAUUGUGGAAGAGGUAUUGCCGUAUCUACAGGAAUGAUGGGCGCAGGCUGUACUGCAUUACUUGUAGCGGUUGUUUCGAGAAAAUUAGAACUCACAAGAGCAGAAAAACAUGUACAUAAUUUCAUGAUGGAUACACAGUUAACAAAAAGGUUGAAAAAUGCAGCGGCAAAUGUUUUACGCGAGACUUGGCUUAUUUACAAACACACACGGUUGGUUAAACGAGUUAAUCCAGGUCGCGUGAGAACACACCAACGUAAAUUUCUACUAGCUAUUUAUGCACUCAGGAAAGUUAAAAUGGACCAACGUAAGCUAAUGGAUAAUGCUAAUACGAUAACGGAUAUGGCAAAGACUCAAAAUACAGUGUACGAAAUAGUAUCAGACAUGAGUACACGUCAAGACGCGUUGGAAGAACGUCUUGUAGGUGUUGAAGAAAAAUUAACAGCACUUCAAGAACAAUUGGACAUGUUACCGGAAGCAAUAACACGUUGUUUAGCUCAGCAUGCUGAGCGUAUGGAGCAACGACGUAAUUUUCUUCAUCCUGACACAGCUGUGGCAUUAUCAGCAACCCCUAGUGGCUGUGGUGGUUCAACCAGUGGUGGCCUUGGUAAUAGUCUGAACAUCGGGGUUACCGGGAAUAUAAAUAUGUCUACUCAUCAUCCGUUGGCAAGCAUGUCUAAUUCACCACUACUGCCACACUCACGCAGUGUACCAAACGCACCAAGCACAAUGUCCCUGCACCCGUGGCCAGCAAGUCCAGUGCUACCUCCAGUAUCAAGUCGGACACCUCAUUUAGUACCCGAGACCGGGGGUUUUCGACAACAACAAUCCUUACAGCAACAGCAACAACAACAACAGCAACAACAGCAGCAGCAACAACAACAACAACAACAACAACAACAACAACAAUAUAAUACACCAACAACGUCUCAAUCUGUAACCAGGCUGACCACUCAGGCUGGCAUGGGAGGACUUGGGACCAGCCAGGGCUCAGAUACAUCCCCGCAUAGCUGAGCCACGUCUUUGCAGCCGCAGCAUUCAUAUUAAAAUAUGAAUAUCAACAUUAUUAUUGGGCCUUUAAUAGAAACAACCAUGUCGUUUUCCAUGUUCGUCUAUAGUUUAGUGACGCUCACGUUCAGCGGCGCUGUAACUGAAUUCUCGCGUCUCUCAGGCAAAUUAACCGGGUAAUUUAAAAGUUUUAAAGCGAAUAACUAUCGAUAAUCGUUAACAUGGAAAACUGAAACAUGGAUUCUUCCACUAGCUGCGGACUGCUCCCUGCCCAACUUGUGUGCCUGAAAAAAUUAUUUUAAUUAUUAAGGUAUCCACUCUUCUAUCUCGUUAUUGUCUAUCUGUCUUUCUCUUACAAUCUAUCUCUAAACCUAUCUCUUUUUAUCUCUUGUUAAUUUUUAAUUUAUUCAUUUUGAACAAUAGAUAUUAUCAAGACAUUUUAUAUUCAGUAUAUUUCAAAUAAUUUAUUAAAAACCAAUUUAAAUAUGUCUAAACCUUUGCUAAAAGAAAAAAAAAUGGUUAAUCUAAUUCGAGUCAAACUCUCUUUUUCUCUCUUUCACUUUCC